AUGUCUACUACGAUGAGUCAACCAUUAGAUUAUCUUUAUGUUACGAUAGAUAAUAACAAUGGAGAUAUAAAAACUUCGAUUUAUCAUAAAUCAGCUUCAGAACCCUAUAUUCUACCUUAUGAAUCUGAUCAUCCACGUCAUGUUCAUGUUAAUAUAGUGAACAACUCAUUACUUCGAACAGCUCGAAUUUGUUCAACAGUUGAAUAUUUUGAUAUGGAAUGA